AGGGGCUCCGACGGCUUUCAUUGCUGGGAGAUACUUUGAGGGCAAAGUAAAAGUGCCCCCCCGAGAGCACCGCGCUGCUGCCUCCGCCGCCGCCGCCGCCGCCUCAGAGAUGCUACAGUAUCAGGAGAAGAAGAAAUGAGUUUGGAGUUGAUGUACCCGCCGGAGCAGCAGUAAAAAGAUACAAGAUAUCGACACGCUCAGCUGCAUCUUGUUAAAAGCUUCCUGCGGGUUGGCAGAAUGAAAUCUUUAUUUAAAAUACACAAACUAUCGUCAGGGGAGGGAACGGAAGGGAAAACAGUAAAAGGGCCAAACGCGAUGCUUAACCCACCGGUAUAAGCAAAAGAGGAGGAGAAGCGAUGAGAUUGGUUUCGGGCGAACAGAAGGGGGGUGUGGGGUGUGCCUUCCUUGCAAGCCCAGCCGCAGCAGCCACCCGGGGACUCAGCGUCUCUACCCGAUUCUCUCUUUGAUGGUGAUGAUAGUUGCUCUGGUAGGGGAAAGGGAUUUAGGAAUACCAGAAGCAUAAUUCGUGCUCACACUUGGGUGUGAACGAUAGGAAAACGUGCCUCUCCACUACAUCCACAGCAACGCUCUCUUAAGUGGUGUUCCUUCUGGGCCUGUGUGGACUAGGAGCACAGCGCGGCGCCUGACCGGCAGGAGGGGAAAAGCGGAGACUCCUUCAGGUUUCCAAAGAGGUCCAAGCGGACUGCAUUAGGAAAUCUUGAAGAGUCUUACACUUUUAACCCUCCAGUCAUUGAUUGCGCUCUGAGGAUAUUGUGAUGAUGUGGUGGGAGUAAAAACCAAGUGCUUUCCUGGCCCUUUACAACAUAGUUAAGAAUUUGACUGACAGAAUGCUGGCACCAGCUGUGGAAGAGCUGAUCAGCCUCAACUCCAAAUCUCUAUCCUGAGACAUAACAACAGGAUGUUCCUCAGAGAAGAAUCUCAGGAUAGAGAAUCUUUGAUUGAGUUCCAAACCUGCAAGCUCAGGGUUCUGUUGGUCUGCAAGUAAGCUGGGCAAUACAAGGAGUUGGAAUUCACAAAGUUGAGGUGAGAAAUUCAGUGGACAGCGCCAUAAUCUACAAGGAUUCAAAGCUCUGAAAAUACUUCAUCUGAAAUUUCAGACCGGACAGGCUCGCAGUGGCUUCUAAGCCAGUGAGAACAAGGCUGCCAAAGCAUGCUGGUGCCAAGCUGUCAGAUGAUGCGCAUUGUCACGCCAGUGGUGGUACUCCUGUGCUUGCUGCUCUAUGCUGAUGCUGAAACACCACCAAAGUUUACAAGAACUCCGGUUGACCAGACAGGGGUUUCUGGAGGAGUCGCCUCAUUCAUCUGUCAAGCCACAGGAGAUCCAAGACCUAAAAUCGUCUGGAACAAAAAGGGAAAGAAAGUCAGCAAUCAGAGAUUUGAGGUAAUAGAGUUUGAUGAUGGAUCUGGAUCAGUUCUCAGAAUACAACCACUGCGCACACCACGAGAUGAAGCUAUUUAUGAAUGUGUGGCUUCCAACAGUGUUGGUGAAAUAAGUGUGUCCACAAGACUCACUGUUUUACGGGAGGAUCAAAUUCCUCGAGGUUUCCCCACCAUUGAUAUGGGCCCACAGCUGAAGGUGGUUGAACGAACUCGUACAGCUACCAUGUUAUGUGCAGCCAGUGGCAAUCCUGAUCCCGAAAUAACUUGGUUCAAAGAUUUCUUACCUGUUGACACAAGCAACAACAACGGCCGCAUCAAGCAGUUACGCUCAGAAUCUAUUGGUGGUACACCAAUAAGAGGUGCCCUCCAAAUUGAACUGAGUGAAGAAUCUGACCAAGGCAAAUAUGAGUGUGUUGCAACCAACAGUGCGGGUACACGCUAUUCCGCCCCUGCCAAUCUAUAUGUCAGAGAGCUGCGAGAAGUUCGACGGGUCCCACCAAGGUUCUCUAUCCCCCCCACCAAUCAUGAGAUCAUGCCUGGCGGGAGUGUAAAUAUCACAUGUGUUGCGGUGGGGUCACCAAUGCCAUAUGUGAAAUGGAUGCUAGGAGCAGAAGAUUUGACACCUGAGGAUGAUAUGCCAAUAGGGAGGAACGUCCUUGAGCUUAAUGAUGUCAGGCAGUCUGCAAACUAUACUUGCGUUGCUAUGUCUACCCUUGGUGUUAUAGAAGCAAUAGCGCAGAUAACUGUCAAAGCCUUACCCAAACCUCCUGGGACACCUGUGGUGACAGAGAGCACAGCGACAAGCAUAACAUUGACCUGGGAUUCUGGAAACCCUGAGCCAGUUUCUUACUACAUCAUCCAACACAAACCCAAAAACUCUGAGGAGCCGUAUAAAGAAAUUGAUGGGGUGGCCACAACACGCUAUAGCGUGGCUGGCCUAAGCCCGUAUUCAGAGUAUGAAUUUCGGGUAGUUGCUGUAAAUAACAUUGGGCGAGGGCCACCCAGUGAUCCGGUGUCAACAAGGACUUCAGAACAAGCACCUUCAAGUGCACCGCGCAAUGUGCAAGCCCGUAUGUUGAGCUCUACCACCAUUUUGGUACAGUGGGAAGAACCUGAGGAACCUAAUGGGCAAAUACAAGGUUACAGAGUUUAUUACACCAUGGACCCCACUCAACAUGUCAACAGUUGGAUGAAGCACAAUGUGGCUGACAGCCAUAUUACCACUAUUGGGAAUCUGAUACCCCAGAAAACAUACUCUGUGAAGGUUCUUGCUUUUACUUCUGUUGGGGAUGGACCACUUUCUAGUGACAUUCAAGUCAUCACUCAAACAGGAGUGCCUGGCCAGCCAUUGAACUUCAAAGCAGAACCUGAGUCUGAAACAAGCAUACUACUUUCCUGGACACCUCCACGCUCUGAUACUAUUUCCAGCUAUGAACUGGUUUACAAAGAUGGGGAGCAUGGGGAGGAGCAACGGGUUUCCACAGAACCCACUACAUCUUAUCGCCUGCAAGGCUUAAGGCCAAACAGCUUGUACUUAUUCCGUCUAGCUGCACGGUCUCCACAAGGCCUGGGUGCUUCAACAGCAGAAAUCUCAGCAAGAACCAUGCAGUCAAAGCCAUCAGCUCCUCCUCAAGACAUUAGUUGCACAAGCCCCAGCUCCACUAGCAUUUUGGUAAGUUGGAAACCUCCACCGGUGGAAAAACAGAACGGCAUUAUCACUGAAUACUCCAUCAAGUACAUUGGGAUUGAUGGAGAAGAUGUCAAGCCCCAUGAAAUUUUGGGAAUUUCCUCGGACAGUACCCAGUACCUUUUGGAACAGCUGGAAAAAUGGACUGAGUACCGGAUCUCUGUGACUGCCCACACUGAUGUUGGACCUGGCCCAGAGAGCUUAGCAGUAUUGAUUCGGACAGAUGAAGAUGUUCCUAGUGGUCCUCCUCGCAAAGUCGAGGUAGAGGCUGUCAACUCUACUGCUGUUAAAGUGUCAUGGCGCUCACCUGUACCCAAUAAGCAGCAUGGUCAAAUCCGAGGAUACCAGGUCCACUACGUGAGGAUGGAAAAUGGAGAGCCAAAGGGUCAGCCUGCGCUGAAGGACAUCAUGCUGGCUGAUGCACAGUGGGAAUAUGAUGAUACUACUGAACAUGAAAUGAUAAUUUCUGGGCUUCAGCCUGAAACUACGUACUCCUUCACUGUGACAGCGUAUACAACAAAAGGUGAUGGAGCUCGCAGCAAGCCUAAACUCGUAUCGACUGCUGGUGCAGUUCCAGGCAAACCUCGACUUGUGAUUAGCCACACACAGAUGAACACGGCUCUAAUUCAGUGGCACCCUCCUGUCGACACUUUUGGCCCGCUGCAGGGUUAUCGGCUGAAGUUUGGUCGCAAAGACGUGGAUACAUUUACCACCAUGGAGUUCUCAGAGAAGGAAGAUCACUUCACAGCCACAGAUAUUCACAAAGGAGCUUCUUACGUCUUCAGGCUCUCAGCUAGAAAUAAAGUGGGCUUUGGGGAGGAGAUGGUUAAAGAGAUUUCUGUUCCUGAAGAGGUACCCAGUGGAUUUCCCCAAAAUCUCCACUCGGAAAGCUCUACUUCUACAUCAGUUCAAUUAACUUGGCAGAUGCCACUCUUGGCAGAGAGAAAUGGCAUUAUCACCAAAUAUACCAUCUUGUACAGAGAUAUCAAUGUUGCUUACCAGCCAGUUGAACUCCCAGUUGUUCCUGCUGAUACCACUAUGACACUUUCUGGCUUAAAACCAGAUACCACAUAUGAUGUAAAAGUACGUGCCCACACAAGCAAAGGGCCUGGUCCAUAUAGUCCAAGUGUCCAGUUCAGGACACUACCCGUGGAUCAAGUGUUUGCAAAAAAUUUUCAUGUUAAAGCAGUAAUGAAGACUUCUGUUUUGCUGUCCUGGGAAAUUCCAGAAAAUUACAAUUCAGCCUUGCCUUUCAAAAUCCUUUAUGAUGAUGGGAAAAUGGUAGUGGAGGUUGAUGGACGUGCUACUCAAAAGCUGAUCACUAACUUGAAGCCAGAGACAUCAUAUUCGUUUGUGCUGACAAACAGAGGGAAUAGUGCUGGGGGUCUUCAGCACAGAGUGACAGCAAAGACUGCACCAGAUGUGCUUCGCACCAAGCCAGUCUUCAUUGGAAAGACCAACUUAGACGGCAUGAUAACUGUGGAACUUCCAGAAGUACCUUCAAAUGAGAAUAUAAAAGGUUAUUACAUAGUUAUUGUGCCUUUGAAGAGGUCUCGUGGAAAAUUUAUCAAACCAUGGGAGAGUCCAGAUGAAAUGGAACUAGAUGAGCUGCUUAAGGAGAUAGCUAGGAAACGCAGAAGCAUUCGUCUUGGGAGAGAAGUUGAAUUAAAGCCAUAUAUUGCAGCUCACUUCGAAGUUCUUCCGACAGAGUUCACGUUGGGGGAUAAGAAGCAUUAUGGUGGCUUUGAGAAUAAGCAGCUGCAGAGUGGUCAAGAAUAUGUCUUUUUUGUGUUGGCUGUAAUGGAGCACUCAGAAUCUACCAUGUAUGCAACCAGUCCAUAUUCUGAUCCUGUUGUGUCCAUGGAUCUUGAUCCCCAACCAAUUACAGAUGAGGAAGAAGGCCUGAUAUGGGUUGUUGGCCCAGUUCUUGCAGUGGUGUUUAUCAUCUGUAUUGUUAUUGCUAUACUUCUUUAUAAAAGGAAGAGGGCUGAAUCUGAUUCUAGAAAGAGCAGCAUACCUAACAACAAGGAGGUCCCCUCUCACCAUCCCACAGACCCAGUGGAGCUGCGACGUCUCAAUUUUCAAACUCCAGGUAUGGCCAGUCACCCCCCAAUACCCAUCUUGGAACUUGCAGAUCACAUAGAAAGAUUGAAAGCAAAUGACAAUUUGAAGUUCUCACAGGAGUAUGAGUCUAUUGAUCCUGGUCAGCAGUUCACAUGGGAACACUCUAACCUGGAAGUAAACAAACCAAAGAAUAGAUACGCAAAUGUAAUUGCAUAUGACCAUUCUCGUGUUCUUCUCUCAGCAAUAGAAGGCAUACCAGGCAGUGACUAUAUCAAUGCUAACUACAUAGAUGGAUACAGAAAGCAGAAUGCUUAUAUAGCAACGCAAGGGGCAUUACCAGAAACCUUUGGUGACUUCUGGAGAAUGAUGUGGGAGCAGCGGGGUGCAACAGUCGUCAUGAUGACAAAACUAGAGGAGAGGUCCAGGGUGAAGUGUGAUCAGUACUGGCCAAGCAGAGGCACAGAAACUUACGGACUAAUCCAAGUGACCCUUUUAGACACUGUUGAAUUGGCAACAUACUGUGUUCGUACAUUUGCACUUUACAAGAAUGGUUCAAGUGAAAAAAGGGAAGUGAGGCAAUUCCAGUUCACUGCCUGGCCUGACCAUGGUGUCCCAGAACACCCAACACCAUUCUUAGCUUUCCUGAGACGAGUCAAGACCUGCAACCCACCUGAUGCUGGUCCUAUGGUAGUACAUUGCAGUGCUGGAGUCGGCAGGACUGGCUGUUUCAUUGUGAUAGAUGCCAUGUUAGAGAGAAUAAAGCAUGAAAAGACUGUAGAUAUUUAUGGCCACGUAACUCUAAUGAGAGCGCAGAGGAAUUACAUGGUUCAAACUGAGGACCAAUACAUCUUUAUCCACGAUGCACUGCUGGAAGCAGUGACGUGUGGAAAUACCGAAGUGCCAGCCAGAAACCUGUAUGCAUAUAUCCAGAAGCUGACACAGAUAGAAACGGGCGAGAAUGUCACAGGAAUGGAACUGGAGUUUAAGCGUCUUGCUAGCUCUAAGGCUCACACUUCAAGAUUCAUCAGUGCCAAUCUUCCAUGUAAUAAAUUCAAAAAUCGCCUUGUCAAUAUUAUGCCAUAUGAGUCUACAAGGGUAUGCUUGCAGCCAAUCCGAGGAGUAGAAGGCUCUGAUUAUAUUAAUGCCAGUUUCAUUGAUGGAUACAGACAACAAAAAGCUUACAUAGCUACACAGGGUCCUUUAGCAGAAACAACUGAAGACUUCUGGAGAAUGCUCUGGGAGCAUAAUUCUACAAUUGUGGUCAUGCUCACUAAGCUACGAGAAAUGGGCAGAGAAAAAUGCCACCAGUACUGGCCUGCAGAGCGCUCAGCCAGAUAUCAGUAUUUUGUGGUAGAUCCAAUGGCAGAGUACAACAUGCCACAGUAUAUUCUGAGGGAAUUCAAGGUUACAGAUGCAAGGGAUGGCCAGUCCCGAACAGUGAGGCAGUUCCAGUUCACUGACUGGCCAGAACAAGGAGUGCCAAAGUCUGGAGAAGGAUUUAUUGACUUUAUAGGCCAAGUGCACAAAACAAAAGAGCAGUUUGGUCAGGAUGGACCAAUUUCUGUGCAUUGCAGUGCGGGUGUUGGAAGGACUGGAGUAUUCAUAACCCUGAGUAUUGUGUUAGAAAGAAUGAGAUAUGAAGGUGUUGUAGAUAUCUUCCAGACUGUCAAAAUGUUAAGGACACAGCGGCCAGCCAUGGUACAGACAGAGGAUCAAUACCAAUUCUGCUAUCGAGCCGCACUGGAAUAUCUGGGCAGCUUUGAUCACUAUGCAACAUAAAAACCCAUCGUGGAUUUUUAUUGCAGGCCCUUUAAGAUCCAGAGAGCCGCUUCUGAGCCAUACAAUGUGCUUUAGAAGUACUUCUUAACUCUUAGCUAAGGAGCAAUUAUUGGGGAUAUAUAAAAUAAAAAACAAAAGAACAAAACUAAUGGGGAUACAUAAAACAACAACAACAACAACAACAAACAACAACAACAAACUAUUCCAUGUGGACCAAGAAUUCACAGUUUAAUAACCUAACCAUAAUAAAAGAACCCUGACCACUGAGGCGUCUGAAGGAUCUCAUUUACAGAUACCUCAAGGGUUUGACAUUGGUUGAAGUUAAAAGGAAGAGGAAAAUAAUCAUAAAGAAUGAUCUCUUGUUCAGGAUUUCAUGCUUUUGCAAAGAGGAAUUUUGAGAGAACUGCGUUUCAGUGCAAGAUGUUUGUUAAACUAUUUGGUCCUGGCUUCUCAAAUAAAGCAGACUCUCGACUUCAACAUCACCCCUUCCCAUCAUACUGCUCAUCAUAACACUUUAGGGAAAAUGUGGGAAUGAUUAAAAAGGAAGUCCUUGAUUUAGUUUUUUAGUAUUGUAAAGAUACUGCUGACCUGUGCUUCAUUUUUAACUGUGUAAACUUUUUUCCUUUUUUUAACAAGAGUUUAUCAAUCAUUGAAGUGAAUUAAAGAAAAGGUUGCAUAACUGGUAAUCUUUUUGUUUAAAAACUGUAGAUUUUUUUUAAGCUGUAGAACUGUUAUCUGUAAUAUUGUGCUGUAGAAAUGUUAAAUAAUUUCAAAAUUUGCACAUUUUUGUGCAGUCCUAUAUUUAUCUACAGUACCACCGUCUUGUUAGAUACUACUCUUGCAAUUUUGUUUGUUUUCUUUUUCUUUAAGAAAAUAUCCAUUGUAAUCAGUUAAAUCAAAAUGGGGCUUUUUUGGUUUCUUUUGGAAUCAACAGGGAGGCGCAAAGUAUAAAGACGCUGCUAACACACACACGCAUGCACACAUAUGCACAUGCACACCCACACCCUCGCUCUCUGUCUAUAUAUAUAUUAGUAUAUGUACAUAUUACUGUCUACCCUCGUCUAACUCUCUGAUUGGUAACAGAGAUGCAGAUGGGUAGAUAUUCACACACCUACACAUAAAUAUAUAUCAAUUCUUCCAUAUCUGGACUUAUCAAAGCAUUGGGAAAGUUUUCCAGCAUACUACAAUUACAUUAGACUACUAUUUGAUCAUCUCUGCAUUUCCAAGGUCCAUAACCUUCUAUUGCAAAGGGAAGUGAGGAAUGCACAUCAUUGAUAUUUGAACGUCAUGUCUAUCUCAAAUAAUAUUUCUAUCCACAUUGCCACUUGAACACACACACACACACGCACACACACACAUGCACACACGCACAAAGUAUGUGAUUUAGGCUUCCAGUGAAGUUCAAUAUUUGUAACACUAUAGUGCAAUAAGAAAUCAUAUUAUUAAAUGUAGGAAGUGUGCAUGUGGGAAAGGUCAGUGCAUAUCCCUUUAGGAGGGGAGAAUGUUGUAAUAUACUAGGUAUUAAGAUGUUUUAAAAUUGUAUUCUAUAGUAUACUGUCUAUAGUGUGCGCUAUAUAAUUUACAUUACCGUAUGCAACAGGGCAAAGCCAAACACACAUUGCUCUGUGAAAUCAAACAUUUUGUGGCAUACAGCAUUGUUUUGGGAUGCUGGGUUUUAUUUUAAUUUUACAUUUAGAGUGCCUUAUAUUUGCUGCCUAUUUUGAAUAGCAUUUCUUUAAGUUAGCCUUCAUUUGUAUUUAGUUCAGUUUGUUCAUGUCUCUGUUAUUAUUUUCAAACAUUUUAAUACAUGUAACAGACAAUUUUGAAAAAUAUGCAUUUCCAGUUUCUAAUCAACUAUGGAUGGUAAUAAAUGAUAACCCAAAACAUGUAGGUAGUCAAGGCCCUUUAUCUUUCCAUAUUUCCAAUAACCGACCAGCCCACAAAUUAAAAAUCUAUUUCUCGUUGGCUUUUCAAACCUAUGGCGUCACUGAUUAUAGUGUUAUCAUUGCAGAGAUGUAGCAGUACACUAGCAGCAGCUGACGUUAGCAGUGCUCAUGCAUCUUUUUUUUUUUAUUUAUUUUGGACCAAGUCCUGGACAUUCGAUUUUGUCAACGGAGUACUAAAGUCAAACCAUUGCUUUCAGUGGGAGGGUUCAUGUAAGGCUGGCAAGACUGAGCCCACAGGGUAUAUUUGAGAGUGACACUAGAUUUUCUUCCUGGAAACAAAGAAAUUUCUGUAAACAGCACAAAGUACUUUUUGAGACUCUUAGUAGGAUGCCAUUUACAUUGAUCCUGGUUUCCAUCAUGCCUUCUACCAUUGUCAGUGCAUGAGUAUUACUGGAGUUCUUUCUUGAGGUUUCAAAUAGGAGCAGUGGUAUGACUUGUCAAUGUGACCUCAACUUUUUUUCUUCUUCCACUUUACCCACUACUAGCAGAAAGAAAAAAUAUGAAAGACCAAACUCUAGCAAGCAUUGUAUUUGAGCACUUUUGUAAAGAAAACAAAAAACAAACAAAAAAAAUUAUAUAAAUAUAUAUAUAUAUAUAUAUAUAUAUGGAAUAGGAGGCUACCUCAGAAUGAGAUUCUAUAACUUGCAUCUGAACCAGAGAAGAAUGUGCACUAUGUUUCUUUUUUCUUCUUCUUUCUUGAUUUGUAUAUUAAAAUAAUUAUUGAAGUGCCAGGUUAGUGGUGUGGUCAUGUUCUUCAACUCAAAUGAAGAGGAUCAGAAAAACACUAUAAUCAAAAAAAAGCAUCAUUUUGAAAACAUAGGCUAGGGAAAGAUUCUUACACACUGGUUCUGUAAAAGGAUCAGAGCAUUCUCCCUAGCAGAUUGUCUUGCAAGCUCCGAAGAAAGUGAGGGAAUAAAAAAAAGAAAGCAGAGCCAAUUUGUGAGGAAAACUGUUGUAUAACUAAAUACUCCUUUUAGUUUUUAUGUUUCUUAAGAUAACUGUUAGCAUCAUUGAUGUGCAUUCCACUUUCUGUACUCUUAUAUGCAGUCAUUCUACAGUUAAAUUAAAUUGUGAGCAUCUUUCUCUACAUGCAUCAUACAUUUCCAAGCUUAAAAUUGGUUUCAUCAGCAUAACCAGUACGGUGCUAUUAUUUAUGUUUGUAUGUGUAGUUAUGUCUAAUUUUGUAAUUAGUUGCAAUGGGAAAAAAAACAACAAAAGAUAUAAAAAUGAUUUUUACAGAAGUUUAAUUUAGCUGUUUUUAAAAAAAAUUAUUUGAGUGCUUAGAUAGUAUGGAGGAUGGCUGGGAGAAGGAGUGGCCCUCUAGGGAGAUUUGCACUUUCUAUAUAUACCUUUGUACUAUGCACUGCCCUAUUGAUUCUACACCCAAUAAUAUUAUAACUUGAACCCAUCUGUAAGAAACUGCUUAUAAAAUCCACUUGUGUGUAUUUAAAUGACACAGAACAUGUAAAAAGGAAAAAAAAAAGUUUGCAAUGACUAAAAAAAAGCAACUGCUUUUUUUUUCCUUUUAUUCUCUCUUUUUUUCUUUAUUUUUCAUUUUUUUAUUAUUUUCUUUUCCUUUUUUCCUUUUUUUUUUUUUUUUUUUUUUUUUUUUUUUCUUGGUGCCCUGAUACUCCACAGAUAUCAGAAGGCUGCAGGUCUCAUCAUAACCAUCUGUUACGUGGCUUUGCCAUUCAAGCUUGGAGUGUCUUUACAAAGAAAAUAAAAAUUGUGUUCUUUGCUCUUGUUUUGGAUGCAUAGACUGAAAAAUUUAAAAAAUUACCUUGUAAAAUGGCUUGUUAAAAAAGAUACAAUUACCUCUAAUUAGUAGUACGCGUAAAUGUUUUACAGAAUGAAAGGCGUGCUUUUUAUUUUCUUACUUCGUUACAUUGGUGGCGAAAGAAAGUCUGUAUGAAAAUCAGUUCUUUGCUGACACAAGUUCCAUUUGUUACAAAUGAAUUCUAAUAAAAUGUCAGUGUUAUGCA